GUGUGGUGCAGGUUGGUGACAGCAGCCUAUAACUACUUCCACGUGACCAACUUCUUCUGGAUGUUUGGUGAAGGAUGUUACCUGCACACUGCCGUCGUCCUCACCUAUUCCACAGACAAACUCAGGAAGUGGAUGUUCGUUUGCAUCGGCUGGGGUAUCCCAUUCCCGAUAAUCGUGGCGUGGGCUUUUGGGAAGCUUUACUACGACAACGAAAA